CAAUGCACCGCUUACUGGCUACACCAAUACUCUCGUGCAUACAGCGCAAGUGCUAUAUAAGGCGUCUAUGCGGAACUAUUUAUUGUCUUCCACGAUCGGAAUGGUGAUUUCCCAAACCUUAGUAGAACUAUUGACAGCCUUCGUUACACGCUCUGGCGCAUAUGCUGUAUACGUCGGCAUCGCAUUUUGUCUCUCGCAACCAGUCCCUCCUUUCUCGCCUAUCCCCAUCCGCCUUGCAUUAGAAGUUCAUCGACAUGGGUGUUAGCAUCUCUUUCAUCGAAGACACCGACGGCAUGCGUCACACGAUCUGCAUUCGUGCUGCACUCUGACUGACGCGGUCCUCCAGCAGGGACCUUCGUCGAGGUCAAGCGUCUGCAUGGCGCGCCCGUAGGAAGCCUGGGCUUGGGCAAGGGCCGCAAAUCCACAUUGCCAGUCUCGCCCAGGACCACGUACGAGAUCACGUUUCGCCAGGGUAAUCGCGUCGUCACCAAAGAGUACGUAGCCAGCCGGCGCCUAAACGCACGUAUCACCCGAGCCUUUUCAACAUCCGCUUUGCCGUCCCACUAUGCGCAGAAUCUACAUCAGCGGCGACACGGAGAUCGCCAUGUCAUCCAUUUUCCACGACGACCCGCAACCACAGAGCGACGAGGACGGGAGCACUUCGUCGACUCUCCUGGAAGAACAAGAUCCGGCGACGAAGGAAUGGGCUGAGCCGAGCGAUGCAUCUCCCACUCCUGCGGCCUACAAAAUCGGCGAGGAUCCAAAUGUGUGGCAGCAGCACUGAUAGAAACUUGCGACAUCAACCGGAGAGUGUCAGGUGGUUGUUCGCUGUACGAUACGCACAAUCGCGACUGGGACGGGUCCGGAUAAGAGGUGGAGAUUCUCCAUGAACACCAGGCGUGGAAACUUGAAACGGUAGUUCGGAACCGCGGCAUUUCUGUGUUGACAGACCCGACGCUUCGACAUCCAUCCGGCGGGUGCAAAAUACAAGCCGACUUCCCGGUACCUGCAGGGAAUGAUCAUGACGCAGUUGAAUGCCGAGCACGGGCAAGAAAACUGGUUGAAGCUCAGAAGCGUUCCGGGAGCAUGAUCCAGAUGGCUGGUGCGUUACUAUAUAUGUAAACCAGAGUACGGCGUCGGUUUGGAGAGGGAGUGUCAAUGGCAGGCGCCGCGCGGGUGUUUAGAAUCAUGCAUGCUUUGGCAUGAUGACCGACGCACACGACCCCACUCCGUCGGAACGGAUGGCCGACGGCUUGAACGUUCGUACCUGUACCGCCGCGGUCUUGUGCCGCGAAUUCUGAUGGCUGCGCGCAUUCAGUCGUGCGUUCGAUAGAAACCAUGGCCAGCGUCCGACAAUGGGACCGGUGAGAGCUUCGAGGCCAGCUCCAGUCAGCCCAGAGUCGAGAACGCGUCACGACGGUGGAGGUCAGUCGCCGCCCAUUCCCGUCCUUUCCCUCGCGCUCCCGCCCGGCGGGGACGGUCCACGUGCGUCGGCAGCCAAUCAGAGGACGAGCUGACGGUCGUGUGCGCGCCCGCGCCCGCACGUUGGUCGUCGCGGCAUGGCACACGAGCAGUCGCGACCGGACAGGGACCGAAACAAGCUUUCGUUGCUUGUCCGCUAUCAGCGACGACAAGUUGGUCUCCCAGCUCACGUUCACCCCCGCGGCCCGUUUAAAACUUGGCCGCUUCCUCGUCCGACCGUUCAAGUCUGCGCACACCCCCAUCCAAAUCGCCUCCACACACGCACACACCAUGCCCGCCUCCGCAACGCAGUACAUCGCCGCCUGCAACCCGCCCCGCCGCGCGAAACGCGCUCGCACGACCCUCGACAUCUCCUCCCCCGAAGCACCCUCCGACUCGGCGCACGACUCCGACUGGGUUCCCGCACGCCCGCAGCAACAGCAGCAAAGAAUCCUCCCGAGGCCACCGUCCUCGCCAUCAGGGCCUGCUUCCGGCGCCGGCCACCACGCUGACGAACCGUCGUCGGCCAAGCGACGGGGUCGCAAACCAGGCUCAGGCUCGGGCAUGUCCCGCUCCGCGCGCGAGUCGAUGCGGAAACAAAACCACUCGCGCAUCGAGAAGGCGCGCAGGACCAAGAUCAACGACGCCCUUGCCGCCUUGCGAGUGCUAGUCCCCAAGCGUGCAGACGACGCGUCCGUCGAGGACGCAGCCGACGGUGUCCAGCUGAAGAAGACCAAGUCCAAGGGCAAAGAAGGCGAGGAGAAGGAGUUCAAGCUGGAGAUUCUGAUCCGGACCGUGGCCUACAUGGAGGAGCUGAUCGACAGGGUGAGGAGCCUCGAGGAGGGGAGGAAGUCGGCCUGCGACUGUGGCGGUGCAGCGCGCGGCACCGACGCCGGCUCAAAGAGGAAGCGAGCACGCGACCACGACGACAACGACGACGACGAACCGGCCGAAGACACACCCAUCGACAUACUCGACUCGUCCGACGACGAGCUCGCAGACGACGAAGGCGAUCCUCGUUGCGACAGCGUCCGAUACGGGUCCGCGCUGUCCUCUGUUGCGAGUACCCCGCGCCUACCGCCGAUCGCCUCCUGGAUGCCGCUCCCGCCGGGUCACGUCGACCCGAGCGCGCUCUCGCUGCCGCCCUCUCACCUGCCGACUCCUCCGCUCUCCGCGCCGAUGCCGCCCAAGGUUGCCUUCUACGCGCCGCCCGUGCUCUCGUUGCCUCCCCCAAACUUGCACCUCGCGCCUCCCGGUAGCGGCGCCGUGACCAUGUCGCGAGGAUCAUCCACGCGUGAGGAGGACGACGAGGCAGCAUCGGCGCUGCUCCAGAUUCGCAGCUUGUCCUCACCAACGUCGCCUGUUGUAUCUGUCGCGCUCUCUGCGGGCUUCCACGCGGCCAAGUCGCGGGAAGGUCUGCAGGCACAGACACCCAGCGCAUUGUUGGGUCUUGCGCUAUCACGGGCAGGUGCUGACGCUUGAUGGAUGGAAAUAAAUAUCACUGUGAUUGUACGGAUAGAUCAACUCGAUAAAAGGACGGAUUGAUGAAAGAC